CCAAAUAAAAUAUGGCGGUCCUAUGGAUGCUUCCACAAAGAGCAAAUAAAAAGAUAAUUAUUUUUCUGAUAUUUUUCGUUAUUUAAUAUGAGUGAUGAAGAAGAUGUUCUUCUUAACGAAGAUAAAGAUCAGGAUCAAAUUAGGUCGGAACUUUCACAAAUGAGUUUUGAAGAUUUACAAAAACUCAAAGAAAAAUUAGGUAGUAAAAUAUAUAAAGAAACGUUGUUUGGUCCACGAAAAGUUAAAAAAAUUAAUUUCAAACGGGAAAAUAAAAAUAGACCUCGUGAAGAGUCUGCAAAAAAACCUGUUUCUCGAUUCAGAGAAAUAAUACAUGUGAAGAAAAAUAUUCCAAGAGAUCCUCGAUUUGAUAGUUUGUGUGGUACAUUUGAUCAAAAGCGUUUCAAAAGAGCUUAUGGAUUUAUUACAGAAAUGAAAGAAAAUGACCUAAAAGAAUUGAGAAAGCAAUUAAAUGAUACUAAGGAUCCAAAAAAGAUAAAAAAAAUUAAAUAUCUUAUUCAACGAUUGGAAAAUCAAUUACACGAAGAGAAAAGAAAACAGGAGGAAGAAGAAAAGAAAUAUCAAGAAAAGAAAGAGCUUAUUGAGAUCAUCAAACGUGGUGAAAAACCUAUAUUUAAAAAGAAAUCGGAAAAACGAUUUUUGAAUUUAGUUUCUCAAUAUGAGGAAUUGAAAAAUAGAGGUAAAUUGAAAAAACAUAUUCAACGAUUGCGUAAAAAAAAUCUACAUAGGGAUAGACAAAAAUUGACAUCAGCCGAACUUGAAUGAAAGAACACAAAAGUAUUUGUGAAAUUAAAAUUUAUACAAAUGAAAUAUGAUUGGAAUAAUUACAGAUAUAUAAGCAUAAUAAAUGCUACAACAGUUAGAAUUGAUUGUUUUUCAUUCAUCUAAUCAUCCUGCAUCAUAACUAAUAAUUUUGCGCUGAAAGUACUAAUCAGGAAGAUAGGAUAAAGAGUGCUUUAUUAAUUAUGUAUUUUUUAUUUAACAUCAAAAGUAAUGACACUUGGGUUGGACAAUGUCUCUCGUUUCUUCCUUAAUAUAAUUCACGUGUGAAAACAGAACUUACAGAAUAAUCAAUAUGAAAGGAAUCGUCAAUCAGAAGAGAUAGUUUGGUAGAGCGGUGUACAAUUUUUUUUCAUUUAUCUCUGAGCGUGUACGUGUGUAUAUUUCUCUCUAUGUCGCAUGUGUUUCACGGCAUGUGUGGUGUGUAUGUGUGUGAAUGUGUAUCAUAUAUGCGGCGCUAAAACGAAAAACAGAAAAAGAGUAUGAGACCCGCACGCAAAAGACGGUCCGUUUAAACCGACCAUCUUCUUGUGGGUCAUCGUUCAUGCGCGAUCCAUUUGUCCGUCUGCAAUUAUUUAAAAUAUGUACAAUAUUAAUAAAACAUCAUUCAUUUUUUGUUUAUAUUUUAAUCAUUCAAUGAUUCUGUCGUGAUGUGGCGGGCUGUGCAGGGGCGACGUUUCACAGAAUUCUCGUGACACUGUUCUUCGUUAUUAUUUUAUGCACUUUUUUACCUCUUCUUUUAAUUCAUUUCUUUUAUUUUCAGAUUUUUAGUUUUGAUUCGAAUGUUUCACUGCCAAUUGUAUUGUUCGAUUAACGGCAACAGAAAAGCGAAGAAUCCGUUAUAUUAAAAAACACACGUUCUCUCGCCCACAUUCACGCGUUUCUUUUUCUCCCGCUCUUUUACGCCGAUUCACGCGAAAAAACAGUUUUGCGACAAUUGCAUUAUUUCUGACAUUGAUCGAAGUUAUUCGUUUGCAGAACACGAAAAGAUUUGCGACUUUGUGUGCCGAGGAUUGUCUUUUCCUAAGAAUCCGCGGAUUUAGUAAAAGAGAGGAAAAAAAAACGAUGACGUCGCCGAAAUGAAGAAAUACAAUAUGGCCGCAAAUCUAUCCGCGUAACCGGAAACGUAGCGAAAAUUAGGUAAGGGAAAAAAACACGGUUUCGCACGAAAAGGAUCACUAAAGAUGUACAUAUGUCUAAAUAUGACACGGUUUCAAGAAAA